AUGGGGGGGGGCAGACCCGCCGUGGGGCUGAGCCCCUCCAGCCCCGGCCCCUCUCCCCCCCAGGAGCCCUCCCUGUACACGGUGAAGGCCCUGCUCAUCCUGGACAGCCUCGGGCAGCGCCUCCUGGCCAAGUACUACGAUGGCACCUUCCCCACGGCCGAGGAGCAGGCCGCGUUCGAGAGGAGCAUCUUCAGCAAAACCCACCAGACAGGCGGUGAGAUCGCCUGUCUGGAAGGACUCACCAUCGUCUACAGGAGCAGCGUCGACCUCUUCUUCUAUGUGGUGGGGGGCUGCCAGGAGAACGAGCUGAUGCUGUCGGCUGUGCUCGCCUGCCUCCUCGACGCCCUCGGCCACCUCCUGCGGAAGGAGGUGGAGAAGCGCUGGCUGCUGGACAACAUGGAGGGGACGUUCCUGGUGGUGGACGAGAUCGUGGAUGGGGGGGUGAUCCUGGAGAGCGACCCCCAGCAAGUGAUCCAGCGGCUGAGCCUGCAGGUUGGUGACAACUUUCUGUCCAAGCAGAGCGUGUCCCAGUUAAGCGCUUCGUUAGCCUCGCUAAUGAGGGGCCACGUGCACCCCAAAGGCAGCCCCAGCAUAGGAGCGGAGAACAAAGAGGAGGAGGAGGAGGAGCGCGAAGGCCCCUGGAUAAUAGGAACAGCGAUGGGCGGCGCCGGCCAAUAUUUCAUGCACGAUGGGAUGGCGGGGAGGGGGCCCCGCGACAGCGAUAUUAAUAACGGCCCCACGCUGCCGCCCUAA